AUGGUGCAAAGCUUCUUUCCCGGCAGCCACUGGCUGUUCUUCACCGUCUACCUCUUGGUCUUCCUCGUGGGCCUCCCUCUUAACAUGAUGGCCCUGGUAGUCUUCGUGGGCAAGCUGCGCAGGCGCCCAGUGGCCGUGGACUUGCUGUUGCUCAACCUGACCCUCUCAGACCUGCUUCUGCUCCUCUUCCUGCCCUUCCGCAUGGUGGAGGCGGCCAGCGGCAUGCGCUGGCUCCUGCCCUUCAUCCUCUGUCCCCUCUCUGGGUUCCUCUUCUUCACCACCAUCUAUCUCACCUCCCUCUUCCUGACGGCUGUGAGCAUCGAACGCUUCCUGAGCGUGGCCUACCCACUGUGGUACAAGACCCGGCCCCGGCUGGCCCAGGCUGGUCUGGUCAGUGGCAUCUGUUGGUUCCUGGCUUCGGCUCACUGUAGUGUGGUCUAUGUCACUGAAUACUGGGGAAAUGUCACCUACAGCCAGGGAACCAAUGGAACCUGCUACCUCGAAUUCCGAGAGGACCAGCUGGCCGUCCUUCUGCCCGUGCGACUGGAGAUGGCUGUGGUCCUUUUCAUGGUGCCCCUGUGCAUCACUAGCUACUGCUACAGCCGCCUGGUGUGGAUCCUCAGCCGGGGAGCCAGCCGGCGCCGGCGCAAGAGGGUCAUGGGGCUUCUAGCAGCCACAUUGCUCAUCUUCUUCGUCUGCUUUGGGCCCUACAAUAUGUCCCACGUGGUGGGCUACGUCCGAGGUGAGAGCCCAUCGUGGCGAAGCUACGUGCUGCUCCUCAGCACCCUGAACUCUUGCCUCGACCCUGUCGUCUUCUAUUUCUCAUCAUCUAAAUUCCAAGCAGAACUUCAGGAGCUGCUCCAGAGGCUGACUGGAGGCUGCACGCCUUGGUCUCAGGAGCUUAGCUUGGAACUUAAGGUAAAGAAUAGAGAAGAGCCAACCAAAGAGUGUGCAAGCUAG